AUGACUGGCCAUGGACCAAAUGUUGUCAACAUUCGCCGCUGCAGGUCGCCUGUGCGGAACAAACAAAAUCGACAUGGCAGCGACAGAGGGGAUCCAACCCCUCCCAGUCGUGUUCGACCUCAGCUGCCCCAUCACCCUCCCCGAGCGUCCGCCGCUCAUCCAGUGGCCAUGGCCCAUAGCGAACCAGCCUCCUUCCUGCGCCGUCGGUACCUCGAGACGCUCUACGUCGGCGAGCCCGUCUUCCCUCUUACUGGACUAGCGGCAGAUCUAGCUCGCAUCGAUCUCUCCGCCCUUGCGCCCCAUAUCCCAAACUAUGAACUCGGCCUCCCCGGCAUCGAAGCGCGGUACCGCACCCGCCUGCUUCCAGUGCUGAAAGUGACCGUCGCGGGCCGCGACGCCACGGAGGAACUGGAGGAGGCAGGCGUCGACGGCGAUGAGGGACAGGCGCUGCUCGCCGGCGUUGAGCUCAGGACCAAGUCCAGGGCUGCCGUGGAGGGGAGCAAGAUUAUCACGGCCAAGUCACUGGCUGAGGAGGUCAUGAUCCAACUUCUUCUGCUGCUCUUCCGCCGCCGCGCCGAGCGCCAAAUCGACCUCUCCUCCAAACAGUCUGACACCGACACGGCGCUCGAGCUGCUAGCCGACCGAAUGGGCGUUUGGCACGCCGUGGCCGAUCUCGACCUGGGGCUGGACGAUCCGGUCCCCCCAACGUCGACCGGAGCGAAGGGGAAGGAGAAGGAGGAGGAGAGCGGCGGGAUCCGCGGCCAACUGAAGGCGUUCUGGAAAGACUGCCUCGUGCCGCACUUCCUCUCCUCUGAGGCAAAAUACCUCGAGAAAUGGCACCACAAGGUGUUCGGCGUGCCGAUCCCUCCCGAGCUGAUGCCGGUUAAGAAACCGCGCAAGCCAAAGGUCACGCGUCGGCUGAGUGUCGAGUCGCACCCCGCUCCGUCCAUGAGUCGGACGGACUCCUCCAGCUCGCGAAAGCGAGCCAGAGAGUCUGGCGGGAGAGACAGCCUAGGUACGACCGGGGGACACUCGCGCCGGAGCAGUACGGACAGGAGGGAGAGCCUAGGAGGUAGUCUGGGCGAAAGCCUAGCCGGGGAGAGAGAUGCUCGUCCCGUCUUCCGACGCAGUAAUAGCACAAUCUCGACCGCGUCGCAGGACUCGAAUCGCCGGAUCGUGCGCGCCCCCUCUGGCCGGGAUCUCUUCAAAGGCCGCGAGAUCGGCGUGCUGAAGCGUACCUCGUCUCAGAAAAUUCAGCGCACCAACUCGCUCUCGACCACGGGGCUGCUGGGUCGCGCCAUCGACACGUCUGCCUCUCAGUCACAGUCACAGUCUCAGUCUCAGUCCCAAUCCCUCUCGCACUCCCAAACACUGUCUCAGUCACAGUCUCAGGUGCGGGCGGGAGCGGGAGGUGGGAGGGAAUACAGAAGGUCGCAGAGCCAGAGAGAGGUCCGAGAAAAGGAGAGGGACCCCGAGACGCUCGUGUACGCGACGCCGAGCAAGCCGCGGAACAAGGGCCUGUUCGCAUUCCCGCACCCGACGCCAAUUCGCGAGGAACCUUCCUCCGGGUCGCGGUAUGAAGUCACCUCCUUUGUAGCCGAGACGCCGACUGCGAACCGGGUGGCCGAGACGCCGUCUACCCACCGGAUAGCGGAGACGCCCAUGACUGCCAGGGUCGCUGAGACGCCGUUGAGUGCACGGCUGCACGCCGCCGCCGCGACCAAGGUUGCCGGAACGCCUACACCGCGCCGCGUUGCCCUACACUCCGUCGCUGAGACCCCGGGCGUCAGUGAGACGCCAGUAACGAAGAGAGCGUGGGUUGAGGAGACCCCGUCCAGAAACCGGAGUCGGACCCGGUACGGUGUGGACGAGACACCGAGCCGGUCCACUGGACGUCGGAGUUACUAUGAUUCUGGCUCGCCUCUCAGGGGCGACGACGACGACCUCGGCGGGCUCAUGGUGCCGACCGACGACGAGUCGUCGCCACUCAAGCGGCACUAG